UACUGGAAUGGUCAUGGGGGAAAGUUGGGGUCAAUGUGUGGUAAUUUAUGGGAAGCUCUUUAGAGUUGCAAAACUGUGACAAGCAAAGUAACACAAUUACUGUAGCUAUACAUGUAUAGCUGAAAGAAAAGACCAGUUGCACACAACACAAGAUAUGGAUCUCAACUUCUCACUUUGCUUUGCUCUUCUACUGAUUCUACUAGUCUCCAUAGCCUCUGCUCAAGAUAAUGACACAGACACAGCCACUGAAGGUCCCCUACUCUACACUAUGCAACCAGUGAGCCAAUACUCUUGCAACCCGUACAUUGAUGGACCUAAGCAACUAGUCUGUGCCCUCUACCAGCGUGGAGGUCUGUCCAAUCACACCAUCCGCUGGUUUAGAAGCUCUAACAACUCCGGUAAUAUAGAAACAGAGAUGAUAAUAAACGAAACUAAUCCAAGGAAUGAAGAAUAUUUGAUAUCGAUACUUCAACUAAAUAAUUCAAUAAAAGCAGAAGGUCCGAGUGAUUAUUGGUGUCAGGCCGGAGUCUACGGAGAGGUUAAUUCGACCUAUGAACCCAGUGCAGUGUUUACAGUGCUACCACGUGAUGUGUACGUUGGUUACCCUCCUUGCACAGGGCUGUACAUGUCUCAGCAGGUCUCAAUGUUUGCUGGAAAUGGAUCGUUUCUUAUGCCUGUGGGCAUCAUCGACACACCCACCUCUGUGGGCACCUCCCCCUCAAGUGAGCAGACUCCGGAGGAUCUUCCACUGGUCUUGAUAGUGGGCAUAGCCGUUUCCUCAUUCUUUGUUGCCCUUCUCUUCUUGAUCAUCUGUAUAUUCUGCUGCGUCCUGAAAUCAAAAAGAAAGCAAUCAACUAAAAUUGACCUUAUUCACGAUACAAACGAACCUUUACAAUCACUGACAGCCAUCGACAUCCAUGGCAACGAACCCACCACCCCCCCUCAGGAAAUAGAUAACUCAGAUGAUUACGUUGACGUUAGUGCUGAGGGAAUUUCCCCCCUAGGCCACCCCCUAUGCACAUCACUAGCUAAUAGCAUGGACUCUGCUCAUCUUCAAGACAACGCUAUAGAGAUUCAUUAUCACGCCAUUGACGCUGACGGAAUGGACACAAAUGAAUACGCAGAUCUCCGAAGACCACCUCACAUUUCUCCAAAACCUGUAGGAGUCGCAUCGAAUUGUCAGCGACCAUUUGCAGUAAAAAGAAUUGGUGAUGGCGAGGUAUCUAAAGAACGCAGAAAACCGCUACCACCAUCGAAAAAUAGAGCUCCUAAUCUCAAGGAUGAAUCUCUGCUUCAGUCUCAGCAACCUUAUGAACCAGAGUAUCAGGCGCUCAGUUCAAGCACAAAGAAUUAUAUGGAACUGUACACAUGUCCAGCUGAGCUAUCUGCCAGCUCUGAGAGUGUUGUGUAUUCUAACUAAAAAUAACUGUUGAGUCACGUUUUAAGUAUUGUAAGUUUGUAACUGUCAUCACAUGUGAGACAUAAUUAUACGCUUAACAAUUUCAAAGUGCAAGGGUAGAUCUAAACCGUUGUUUAUACAAGCAGCAAAUCAGUAUCAGA